AUGGCCUCCUACGCGCAGAAGGGCGACGCCGCGGCCUACUCGCGGGACGCGAUCAUCUCGAACAUGCUCAGCGAGGUCGGCGACGCCCUCGAGGGCAGCCUCGAGUGCUGCCCCGCGCUGCCCACGGUCCUAAAGCUCGCCCACCGCGACUUCGCGGCGCAGCCCGGCGGGCCGGCCACGGGCGGCGAGCGCGUCGCCGUGCGCGAGACGGCGGCCCACGGCCUCGAGACCGUCGCCGCCGUGUCGCUGCGCGCGGGCGUCGCCGCGUUCGUCGAACGCGCGACGAUCGACUGGUCCGACGCCGACGCCGCCGCGACGAGGGAGGCAGAGGCCGCCGUCGUCGCGUCGGGCUGGACCCUGGGCGGCGAGGAGCGCGUCGCGCGGCAGAUCGUCGCCUUCUGCGGCGCGUCGGCGGAGGCGCGAACCGAGGCGAACGCGCUCCACGCGCCCGACGACGUGCCGCGGGCCGCGCGGGCCGCCGUCGACCGCGCGGCCGCGGCGGCCGUGGCCAAACUGUACCCGCAAACCGACGCGGCGGCCCUCGCGCGGUUCCUGCGGGUCUGCGACGUCAACGCGACGGGCGAGGCCGUCUACGCGCGCGUGUCGCGGUGCCAGCACAGCUGCGCGCCGAACUGCUGGGUCGCGCACCACGCCGACGGCGCCCUCGGGUUGUACGCCAUCCGCGACGUCCGCAAGGGCGAGCCGCUGACCUUCGCCUACGCGGGCGCGAACGCGCUCCUCCUCCUGCCGACGCGGCUCCGGCGGCGGUCGCUCGCGAAGCUCGGCUUCGAGUGCGCGUGCGCGCGGUGCCGCGGCGAGGUCGAGGACGGCUUCCCGAGCCGGGAGGCGCUGGACCUCGCGCUCGACGCCGCGCGGCUCGCCGUGGCCGACGACGGCGGCCUGCCGCGCGACCUCGACGCGCCGCGCGCGUUCGAGCUCUUCAAGCGCUGCUACCGCGCGCUGGGGCCCGAGCACUGGGCCGUGGCGCUGCUGGGCCUCGCCCUCCUCGACUCGGCGGCGGCGCAGCUCGAGCGCACGUCCGCGCUCCGCUUCGACCUCUUCGCCGCGCUCGCGUGCGACGCGCUCACGUGGUUCGCGAACCACGCCUACCUCCGCGGCUCCGUGCCCCACGCGCGCGCCGUGUCCGCGGCGAACUUCGUGAAGGAUGAGCCCCCGAAGACGGAGCACGUCGUCGCGCCGCAGGGGAAGAAGAGCUGCUGCGUCAUCGGCAGCGGCGCGUCGGGCCUGACGGUCAUGAAGGAGCUCACGUCCCUGGGCCACAGCGUCAAGUGCUUCGACGAGAACCUGCGCAUCGGCGGCGUCUACACCAAGUCCUACGACCGGACCAUGCUCACGACGUCGUCCCUGCUCACGGCCUACAGCGACUACAGCGACGGCCGCGAGGACCGGCCCAAGUUCUGGUCCGACGAGGAGUACCUCGCGUACCUCGACGGCUUCGCCAACGAGUACGAGCUCUACCAGCACGUCAACUUCCGGUCCACGGUGAAGAAGAUCACCAAGUGCGCCAAGAGCGGCAAGUGGAUCGUCACGGUGGCCGUCGGCGGCUGCCACGUCUGGCCGCACCGGUCGACGUUCCUGUUGGGCAAGCACGUCGCCCCGGAGGUCGUCGCCGAGGCGCGCACCGAGGGCGCCAAGACCCUCAAGGCCUUCUACGACAAGGCCGAGGCCGAGGGCUUCGACAAGGUCAAGUCCGGCCACGUCUACGACUACUACGACCACGUCACGGGCGAGAAGCGGACGAUGGACCCCGCGGACGCCCGCGCCGCGGUGACCAAGAUCUACGCCUUCGACCACGUCGCCGUCUGCACGGGCACGAACACCUGGGCGUCCCUGCCGCGCUUCGAGGGCCAGGACGACUUCCUCAACGCGGGCGGCACGCUCGUCCACUCCGAGAACUACAAAAAGCCCGAGGUGUUCAAGGGCCAGCGCGUGCUCAUCGUGGGCGCGGGCGAGUCCGGGUCCGACAUCUGCAACGAGAUCGCCGACGAGGCCGCCAAGGUCGCCAUCGUCGUCCGCGGCAAGCACGGCCACCUCAUCCCCCGGAAGCAGGCCGACGGCCGCGUCACGGACCUCAACACGAACCGGUGCCGCUACAGUAACCCCUACGUGCUGGGCGACUGGGUGGGCUACGCGAACCAGCUCGCGAAGAAGUUCGUCGCCAAGUACGGAUCCGACCCGUCCAAGGAGGCCGACGAGCGCCGGGUCUUGCAGAAGAUCGGCGAGCUCAACAUCGAGCAGGGCACGUCCGCGUUCUCCAAGUUCGGGUGCAAGAACGAGGGCUUCGUCACGGCCAUGGUCACGAAGUCGGCGGAGCUCCACCGCGACGGCUUCAAGCUCGCCGCGGGCAAGGCCGUCUUCAAGGACGGCUCCGAGUUCGCGUGCGACGCGAUCGUCGCGUGCACGGGCUACCGCAACAGCUUCCCCAUGUUCGAGCACCCGGACGUCUGCGACGACGUCGUCUGCGCCGGCUGCGGCUGCAAGACCAAGGACCUCAACGCCUUCGGCCAGAACCCGCGGCGCCUCUACAAGCAGAUCUUCUGCCCCGUCUUCCCCGACGGGCAAUUGGCGUUCUUCGGCUUCGCGCGACCCGCGUUCGGCGCGAUCCCCCCCACGGCGGAGAUGCAAUCCCGCUUCUUCGCGUUGGUCGUCGACGGCAAGGUCAAGCUGCCGGACAUGGCGGGCAUGGAGGCCAUCGCCAAGGAGGACCAGGCGAACUGGGAGUGGCGCUUUGGCUACGACGCGAAGCGCGUCAAGGGCCUCGUCGACUUCCAGCUCUACUGCGACGACCUCGCGGCCCAGACGGGGUCCCUGCCGCCCCUCAUGAAGCUCUUCCUCACGAAGCCCAAGAUCUGGUGGAAGAUCAUGUUCGGGCCCUUCACGAUGCACCAGUACCGCCUCGUCGGCCCCUACGCGAACCCGAAGCUCGCCGCGCGCGUCUACGAGAAGCAGCCCGUCGGCGACUUCCUCGAGUGCUCCAUCACGGCGGCCUUCCUCCUCACGGCCAAGCUCGCGGCCCGGGUCGCCGCGUACGAGGCGUCGGAGAAGGAGGAGAAGCGGCGGAUCGAGAAAGCCAUGGACCGCGCGGAGCAGAAGAUCCGCGCCGCCGCCAGCAAGGUCGAGCGCAUGGCGAAGAAGCACGAGGACGAGGGCCGGGAGCUCGAGGAGAAGCGCGCCGAGGUCGCGCGGCUCUACAAGGACUGCCGCGAGUCGCGCGAGUCGAGCGACAAGUACAAGUUCGAGUGGGACCGGUCCAAGGAGGAGGUCGCGGAGCUCAACGACCGCAUCAUGCGGCAGCACACGGAGCACCGCAUCACGCAGAUGACGUCCGAGGACGCGCAGGAGAAGCAGGCCAAGGCCGAGGCCGAGGUCAAGCGGCUGGCGACGGAGAACGCGGCGCUGAGCGGCGCGGGCGACGAGGUCGUCGUGCACCUCGCGGAGAUCCGCAAGCUGAAGGCCGAGCUCGCGCGCGUCAGGGCGGACCACGCGAGCGACCUCGAGACGGCGCGGGCCGCCCUGCGCGCCGAGGCCGCGAAGCCGGCCUUCGGCGUCUGCCCGAGCUGCGGCUACGAGCCCGCGAAGCCCGCGAGCCGCUACGACCCGAAUUUCUAA